GAAAUGCCUGGACAGCAGCAAAACCAGCUGAUUUCAAUGUGAAAUAAGCAAAUUAAGUUCACUGCAACGUGCUCUCCCCGGACAAUGAGAUGUCUGUCAUCACAGGCACAUUGAUUCCAGCUCAGCCCACAGGGAUAGACUUCCUGAAGUCAUCCAAUACCCUGAUAGUGACAGACAACUAUGGUGUCACCACAGACCAGAUCUACCUCACCACCUUCAAGAAGGACUUCAGGACCUCCGGCCACCUCCCCAAAUGUGGCAGUCUUCCCUGCCCCAAGCCCGCCCAGAUGCAGCACAAGGACCGCUCCAUCCUGGAGCGCUGCCCUGAGGCCCUGAGCUCAUACACACGCCCCCAGCUGCAGGCCAUCCACCGCAUACCAGCCUGGGCCAAGCUGUGCACCAACCUGAGAAUGCACGCGGACCGGCGCCAGGCCACCUUCUGCACCACCCAGGCUGAGGGUUACAAGCGGCACCCCUCCCACUCCGCCGCCAAGCUUGCACGCCCCACCGUGGCUAUUCAGAAAUGCACCGGAGAUCGGAAGCUGCCCCAGACCACACACAGAGAGACUUUCCCUGCCUUCAUAGCGCUGCCUGUGGUCAAAGCACCGGUCAAACACCUCGGAGGAGAGCCGACCAUCAGCGGAGACUAUGACAGGCUGUACUUUAGCACCCAUCACAAGGACACCUUCCAGGGCAGAUGGGCCCCCCCUCUUGCUCCAGUGGAGAAGCAUUUCCGCUCCUCUCUGGCGAUGGGUGACCCAGACAAGCUGGUGGAGAGGGAGACCACGCAUGCUGCCACCUUCGGGCCCCCGAGCCCCCCGGAGCCCCACUGUAAGCACCUCUGA